UUUAGCUCCGCCCCUUUUUGCGCGCCCCCGGCAGUAUCUCGCAGGCCUUGAAGAGUGGCGCGUGAGCGUGCACGUGGCAGGUUAGCUAGUUCAUUGUGCGCCGAGGCGAGGAACGCGUGCUCAGCCUCUCCGCUGCCAAGGUACAUGUUGAAGUUGUGACCCAUCAAGCCCAAACAUGGACCCUGAGAACAACUGUGAGGUUUCGCCCGUGAUGCAGAGUCCGCAGCAGCAGGAAGAGGAAACGACCGUAGCGGCGACGUUGGUAAUGGAAGAAGUGGUUACACAGCUGGAGCAUUUCACAGAACCUGAGGAGCCAGCAGCUGACGAGGAACACGUGUUGAACGGUACAUUUACCUUUGACGCGGGGACAGAGAACAUGUCGGAGAAGGAAGAAGCUGAGGCUGUCAUGGUGCCGCAGGAAAUGGCUGCAUUGCCAGAGAGCAGCUUAGAGCUGGACCCGGAUUCAGAUGACUUGCCAGAAUUGAUCGCAGAAACGGAGCCAACAACCCAGGAAGUGAUUGCACGGGAGCUCCAAGCAGAGCCGCGGCUUCCCAGCCCGGAGGAGAAGACUCUGGAACAGGUGGAGGCUGUGAUGGACGCCGUGGCAGAGGACGUUAUCAAGGAGGCCCCGCCGGAAGAUAAUGGUGCACUCGCAAAGGGAGACGCGAAGUUGGAAGUGUCCGCUGAAAAAACAGUUGACGUUGUGGUGCCGGAGAAGGAGGCGACAUCUUCUGAAGCGGUGCCACCUGCAGAGCCCCAAAAGGAAGUAGAGCCAGAAAAAAGUGCCAAGUCAGUGGUUUCCACAGGAGCGGCGCCUGAAAAGGAGGCGCCAGCCCCCGCUGCUGGCUCCUUGGCGUAUGCCUUGCUGGAUCAAGAGAAGACCAAAGAUGCUCUGCGGGGCUCCCGCACCCUCGUCGUCCUCCGAGGACUACCCGGAUCGGGGAAAAGCUUCCUUGCCCGCGUCUUGGCCGAAGCCUACAAGGACCGCUGCACCGUUUUCUGCGCAGACGACUAUGGCGUGAAACCUGAGAACCAAGACACUAGCGCGAAGGGCCACAAGGCCCUGGACGCAGCCAUAGCGGCCUGCUGCGUCAACCCUUCGGCGCUCGUGGUGGUGGUGGACGACACUAACCACACGCAGGACCGGCUGGCCCACCUGGGCGAGUUGGCCAUGGAGCACCGGCUGGUCGUCGUCUUCCUGGAGCCGCGCACGGAGUGGAGGAGAGACGCUGCUCGGCUUGCCAAGACCACCGGGCGCAAACUCAAGCCGGCGCAGAUUACAUCAAUGAAGCGGCAACUGGAGGAAAUGUCCCUUCCUCUCUUCUUUGCCUGGUUUCUGCUGACCCCUGUGCAGGACCAGCUAAAGUCCUCAAACACGGAGUUCCUGAAAGCACUGAGCACCUUGGACGCCUUCAAGAAACACACGAUUGACUUCACUGGGAAUGAGGAAGAGCUGGAUCUGACGCAGUACUUCAAAGCCAAAGGAAGCCUCCAUUGUACCACCAAAUUCUGCAAUUAUGGCAAAGAAGCAGGCGCCAAAGAAUAUGCGGAGAAUCCAGUUGUAGCAGACUCCUACGGUUCGGUCUUCGAGCUGUCCCUGAGUGCCCUCUUCGUCACUCCUCGCACUGCCGGCGCCCGAGUGAGCCUCACAGAGGAGCAGCUCCAGCUCUGGCCGUCUGACUCCGAAAAGGGUGGGCAGUCCACCAUCCCCUCUGCCGAUUCCUUGCCCGUCGGGAGCCGUGCCCACGUCACUCUCUGCUGCGCGCAGGGCGUGGAGGCGGUCCAGACGGGCCUGGACCUGCUGGAGAUUCUGGUCUUGCAGAAGGAAGGCCAGCAGGGUGAGCUGGUGGCUGACAUGGAUCUGGGCCCGCUGCGCUACUACGGCAAAGGAAGGUGGAUGCUGGAGCUCAAGGAGCCCAUGUGCGUGCCGGCGUGCUUCUCCAGCUUCUACAAACACCAGGGGCCCGAUGGCGUGCAGGGCAAAAAAGAAUCCAAGAAGUGCACCAUCUUGUAAAUGUCAUCCAGGAGGAAGAUGGCUGGUAAAUUCAAGAUGUGCCUUUUUUUUUUUUUUUUUUUGCACCAGCACCCACAAUGCCUUCUGUCUAGUGUAGCAUGUCUGCCCACAUGUCAGGACCUGUUGUAGGCUAGCAUCCUAGCUAAAAAGUGGACAUUUCUGCUUCUCCCGCUGAGUCAACCAUGUACUUCCAUAGCAUGCAUCCCUCAGUAAUGCAUCCCUCAGUAGGACCUCCAUCUCAUUACUACUCAGUUCACGUGUUGCCUUUUUUGUCUCGUCCAAUCAUUUCCCAGCAGACUAGAAAGUGGUUUUGUUGGCAAAGGAGGCCAAAGCUGUCAGUGUAUCGAGUGAAUGUGCAUUAGAUCCUUCCUUGACAUGUUUGCACUGUGCAUUGUUUGAAAGGGAGAUGGAUGAAUUUGGCAUUCUCUUUUUGUUUUCAUACGCUUGCACUUAAAAGAACGCUGUGAAUUCAAAUCGUGUUUUGCAACCUUUUUGUGCUCUGCAAGGCUGCGUGGCUUUGCUCUUUUUAGCCACUUUGAACAAGUCUUCAUGAAUUUCCAUUUUGUAACAUCUAACUUGGUCUGGAAGGGCAAGUUCUACUUUAUGUAGCUCUUAUGAAUCACUAUUUUUUUGCACUUGUUUUGUACACGUAAUAAAAACAAACAUGAUACUCUAA